AUGCUAUCCCGGGAGGGCGAUAUUCCCCCCAAACUAAACACCAUCGGGCCCCUUUGCGAUGAAAUGAUGAGGAUGCCCCUUUUGGAGCCUCGUGGCGACGAUGCCGAUCUUCUGGACAAGGAUCAUCCCUAUGCAAGUCCAACGACGUCGUCCUCGCAAGCGCAUUAUGCGACGCUCGUGAACUUGAAUACCUCACUUCAGCAGCGCUUGGUUUAUAUGGAAAAUGAGCUCAUGACGGCAUUCACAGCCCUGCAACCUUCCCCCUGUCCGCGUUCAUUCGGCGAUAUUGAUUCCCUAAAGCUCGCGGAUAAAGAGACGGGACCGACUGGCAGCGACGUCAAACGAUCUUCCCCAGUUCCACACUAUUUUUCGAACACCAAUUUAGUUUCUACAGACAAGAAUGAAAAAGAAAAAUUAGAUUUAUCAACGCCAUCAAUGGAAGAUAUCGUGCGUAGUUAUUACAAGGAAAUUCGACAGCUUCAGCAGGAUCUCAAGCAAACCCAGAACGUUAACAAAAAACUUUCCGAGAAGUGGAAAUCUUUAAAAAAAGAACAUAAGGUUGUUCUUGAGGAUAAUGCCAUCCUUGCAAACGGAGCGGAGGCCAUCUACAAGGAGUUGACUGAAUUAAAAAAGCAGAAUAGAAAGCAAACUAAAACAAGACAUACCCCAUCUGUGGUGGUGGAUGAACAUAAACGGACAAAAUCGAAACAUCUCGAAAAAGGGUAA